AUCUAUUUGAAUCUUGGAUGAUUAACAUCUACAUGCUUACUUCUCAAAACUGCUCGCGAGUCACACAGUCAGGAUUAGAUGAUCCCAGAUACCGCCCAGAAAUUACUGUCUUCAAGUGAUACGCUUCAGCAGCAGCCAGCAAAGUGAGUAAGUGCUGCCCUUCUUCCAACUUCCUCUCCCCCCGGGGGAAACAGAACAGCAUCAUGUCCAACAUCACCGUGGACCCAGACGUCAAGCCCGGCGAAUAUGUCAUCAAGAGCCUCUUCGCGGAAUUCGCUAUUCAAGCGGAAAAGAAAAUUGAAGUUGUAAUGGCUGAACCUUUGGAGAAGCUGCUGUCUAGAUCUCUUCAGAGGGGUGAAGAUCUUCAGUUUGACCAGCUGAUAAGCUCCAUGAGCUCGCUUGCAGAGCACUGCCUCCCCUCCCUGCUGCGCACCCUGUUCGACUGGUACAGACGCCAGAAUGGAGCCGAAGACGAGUCUUACGAGUACAGGCCUCGAUCCAGCACCAAGUCCAAGGGGGAUGAACAGCAGCGUGAAAGAGAUUAUCUCCUUGAAAGGAGGGACUUAGCCGUAGAUUUCAUUUUUUGCUUAGUUUUAGUUGAAGUUCUGAAACAGAUUCCUGUCCAUCCUGUACCUGACCCCUUAGUCCACGAAGUCCUCAACCUGGCUUUUAAGCACUUUAAACAUAAGGAAGGAUAUUCAGGAACCAACACUGGGAAUGUGCAUAUUAUUGCAGAUUUAUAUGCAGAAGUGAUAGGAGUUCUUGCCCAAUCAAAGUUUCAGGCUGUAAGGAAGAAGUUCGUGACGGAGUUGAAAGAGCUGCGGCAAAAGGAACAAAGCCCACACGUAGUACAGAGCGUCAUCAGCUUGAUAAUGGGGAUGAAGUUUUUUCGGGUGAAAAUGUAUCCUGUCGAGGAUUUCGAAGCAUCUUUUCAGUUUAUGCAGGAAUGUGCCCAGUAUUUCUUGGAAGUUAAAGACAAAGACAUAAAGCAUGCACUUGCUGGUUUAUUUGUGGAGAUUCUUAUCCCUGUAGCUGCCGCUGUGAAAAAUGAAGUGAAUGUUCCCUGUCUGAGAAACUUCGUUGAGAUGCUCUAUCAGACUACUUUCGAGCUGAGCUCCCGGAAGAAGCACUCGCUGGCUUUAUAUCCGCUAAUUACCUGCCUUUUAUGUGUCAGUCAAAAACAGUUUUUUUUAAAUAACUGGCAUAUUUUCCUUCAGAACUGUCUGUCACAUUUAAAGAAUAAAGAUCCUAAAAUGUCUCGCGUUGCACUGGAAUCUUUGUAUAGAUUGUUGUGGGUUUAUGUAAUUAGAAUAAAAUGUGAAAGCAACACUGUCACUCAGAGUCGUCUUAUGAGCAUAGUGUCGGCACUUUUCCCCAAAGGCUCACGAAGCGUGGUUCCGCGUGACACGCCCCUCAAUAUCUUUGUGAAGAUCAUUCAGUUCAUUGCUCAGGAACGUUUGGAUUUUGCAAUGAAAGAAAUAAUAUUUGAUCUUCUCAGUGUUGGAAAAUCUACUAAAACUUUUACCAUUAAUCCAGAGAGAAUGAACAUAGGCCUCAGGGUCUUCCUUGUAAUAGCGGACAGUCUGCAGCAGAAGGAUGGAGAGCCCCCCAUGCCGACCACGGGAGUUAUUCUUCCCUCAGGAAACACCCUCCGUGUGAAGAAAAUUUUUCUUAAUAAAACCUUGACAGAUGAAGAGGCAAAAGUCAUAGGAAUGUCCGUUUACUACCCACAAGUGAGAAGAGCCCUCGAUAGCAUUCUGCGGCACCUGGACAAAGAGGUCGGCCGGCCGAUGUGCAUGACCAGUGUGCAGAUGUCCAACAAGGAGCCCGAGGACAUGAUCACAGGAGAGAGAAAACCUAAAAUUGAUUUGUUCAGAACGUGUAUUGCUGCUAUUCCAAGGUUAAUUCCUGACGGUAUGAGCAGGACUGACCUCAUUGAAUUGUUAGCAAGGCUCACAGUCCACAUGGAUGAAGAACUGCGUGCGCUGGCCUUCAACACGCUGCAGGCCCUGAUGCUUGACUUCCCAGACUGGCGGGAGGAUGUUCUUUCAGGGUUUGUUUACUUCAUCGUUCGUGAAGUGACUGACGUCCAUCCCACGCUUCUCGAUAACGCCGUAAAGAUGUUGGUGCAGUUAAUCAAUCAGUGGAAGCAGGCGGCCCAAAUGCAUAACAAAGCCCAGGACUCGCAGCAUGGUGUGUCGAAUGGAGCGUCUCACCCCGCUCUGGAAAGAAACCCGUACCCCAGCGUGUUCCACGUGGCCGAAGGGUUUGCCCUGGUAAUUCUCUGUCUCAGCCGGCCUGCCACUAGGAGGCUAGCCGUCAGCGUCCUUAGGGAAAUACGGGCUUUAUUUGCACUUUUGGAAAUGCCUAAGGGUGAUGAUGAGUUAGCCAUAGACGUGAUGGACAGACUGAGCCCAUCCAUCCUGGAGAGCUUCAUACAUCUCACGGGGGCCGACCAGACGACUUUGCUGUACUGCCCUAGCUCCAUAGAUUUGCAGACGUUAGCAGAAUGGAACUCCUCCCCCAUCAGCCACCAGUUCGAUGUGGUUAGUCCCUCACACAUAUGGAUCUUUGCACACGUGACCCAAGGCCAAGACCCGUGGAUCAUCAGCCUCUCCAGUUUCUUAAAGCAAGAAAACCUUCCUAAACACUGCCCCACAGCCGUGAGCUACGCUUGGCUGUUCGCGUACACGAGACUUCAGUCGCUGUCCCCGCAGGUCGACUUGAACAGCCCCAUCAACGCUAAGAAAGUGAGCACCGCCUCGAGCAGCGACUCCUACGUGGGCCUGUGGAGGAACUACCUGAUCCUGUGCUGCAGCGCGGCGGCCUCCUCGUCCUCGCCUGCGUCCGCCGGCUCGGUCAGGUGCUCUCCCCCGGAGACGCUGGCGUCCACCCCGGAUAGCGGCUACAGCAUCGAUUCUAAAAUUAUUGGCAUCCCAUCCCCUUCGUCGCUGUUCAAGCACAUAGUUCCAAUGAUGCGCUCCGAGAGCAUGGAGGUCACGGAGUCCCUCGUCCUGGGGCUCGGCAGGACCAACCCCGGAGCUUUCAGGGAACUAAUAGAAGAAUUACAUCCCAUAAUUAAAGAAGCACUUGAAAGAAGGCCAGAGAAUAUGAAACGGCGCCGGCGCCGGGACGUCCUCCGGGUCCAGCUGGUGCGGAUAUUCGAGCUGCUGGCGGACGCUGGCGUCAUAAGUCACAGCGCAAGUGGUGGCCUUGAUAGUGAAACACAUUUCCUCAACAACACUCUCCUGGAGUAUGUAGAUUUAACCAGACAGCUCUUGGAAGCAGAGAAUGAGAAAGACUCUGACACGCUGAAGGACAUUCGAUGCCAUUUUAGUGCCUUAGUGGCGAAUAUCAUCCAGAACGUUCCAGUGCACCAGAGAAGAAGUAUUUUUCCCCAGCAGAGCCUCCGUCAUAGUCUGUUCAUGCUGUUCAGUCACUGGGCUGGGCCUUUCAGCAUCAUGUUCACGCCCUUGGACCGAUACAGCGAUAGAAACAUGCAAAUUAACCGGCACCAGUACUGUGCGCUAAAGGCCAUGUCUGCUGUGCUGUGCUGUGGCCCCGUUGCCGACAACGUAGGACUCUCCUCCGAUGGCUAUUUGUACAAAUGGCUGGAUAACAUUUUGGACUCUCUGGACAAAAAGGUCCAUCAGCUGGGCUGCGAGGCCGUGACGCUGCUGCUGGAGCUGAACCCCGACCAGAGCAGCCUGCUGUACUGGGCCGUGGACCGGUGCUACACGGGCUCCUCCAGGGUGGCGGCAGGCUGCUUCAAAGCCAUAGCCAAUGUGUUCCAGAACAGGGAUUACCAGUGCGACACAGUGAUGCUCCUAAAUCUGAUAUUGUUUAAAGCAGCUGAUUCUUCUAGAAGUAUCUAUGAAGUUGCUAUGCAGCUUUUACAGAUUCUGGAACCGAAGAUGUUUCGCUACGCUCACAGACUGGAGCUGCAGAGGCCGGACGGGGCGCUCAGCCAGCUCUCCCCGCUGCCUCACCUGUACUCAGUCUCCUACUAUCAGCUGUCCGAGGAGCUGGCCAGGGCGUACCCGGAGCUGACGCUCGCCAUAUUCUCAGAGAUCAGCCAGCGGAUCCAGACGGCGCACCCCGCGGGCCGGCAGGUCAUGCUGCACUACCUGCUGCCCUGGAUGAACAACAUCGAGCUGGUGGACCUGAAGCCGCUGCCCACAGCCCGGCGGCACGAGGACGACGAUGACGAGUCCCUCAAGGACCGAGAGCUCAUGGUCACCAGCCGGCGCUGGUUACGGGGAGAAGGCUGGGGGUCCCCCCAGGCCACCGCAAUGGUUUUAAACAACCUGAUGUACAUGACAGCGAAGUACGGUGACGAACUGGCCUGGUCGGAGGUGGAGAACGUGUGGACCACGCUCGCAGAUGGCUGGCCGAAAAACCUGAAGAUAAUCCUGCACUUUCUCAUCAGCAUCUGUGGGGUGAAUAGUGAACCAAGCCUCCUGCCUUACGUGAAGAAGGUGAUCGUGUACUUGGGCAGAGACAAAACAGUGCAGUUGCUCGAAGAGCUGGUGAGUGAGCUCCAGCUGACCGACCCCGUCAGCGCCGGGGUCACCCACAUGGACAACCCGCCAUAUUACCGCAUCACCUCCAGCUGCAAGAUCCCUUCUGUCACCUCAGGAACUACUUCUAGUAGCAAUACAAUGGUCGCUCCCACCGAGAGCACUCCGGAGAGUAAGCCCAUGAAGGAGAACACUGAAGAGAGCUGCACACACCUGGACAUCUGCGGCGGGCUGCACACCCACCUCAGCCGGCAGCACCACAGGCUGGAGUCGCGGCACAGCAGCAGCUCCGGAGGCUCCUACGAGGAAGAGAAAAGUGACUCAAUGCCACUCUACGCUAAUUGGCGACUGAAAGUGAUGGAGCACAACCAAGGAGAGCCACUGCCCUUCCCCCCAGCUGGAGGCUGCUGGUCGCCACUGGUGGAUUACGUGCCUGAAACGUCAUCCCCCGGACUGCCUCUUCACAGGUGCAACAUCGCGGUGAUCCUUCUGACCGACCUGGUCAUCGACCACAGUGUGAAGGUCGAGUGGGGGAGCUACCUCCAUCUUCUUCUUCAUGCAAUUUUUAUAGGGUUUGACCACUGCCACCCUGAGGUGUACGAACACUGCAAACGCCUGCUUCUGCACUUGCUCAUCGUCACGGGACCCAGCAGCAACAUCCGCACUGUAGCCUCAGUCCUUCUCAGGAACAAGGAGUUCAACGAGCCCAGGGUGCUCACGGUCAGACAAACCGCACACUCAGAUUACACGCUCGCAGCAGGCAUUAACGAUUUUGUACCUGAUUACCAGCCCUCCCCUAUGACCGACUCAGGGCUUAGCUCAAGUUCUACCUCUUCUAGUAUCAGCUUAGGAAACAACAGCAUGGCCAUGUCACACCUGCACACCACCGUCCUCAGCGAGGUGGACAUCUCAGGAGAGCAGGAUGGGAAAGUCAAAACCCUCAUGGAAUUUAUCACCUCCAGGAAAAGAGGGCCCCUUUGGAACCAUGAGGAUGUUUCUGCCAAGAACCCCAGCAUCAAGAGCGCCGAACAGCUCACUACGUUCUUGAAAUACGUGGUUUCUGUUUUUAAGCAGUCGAGCUCAGAAGGAGUUCAUCUGGAGCGGCAUCUUAGCGAAGUCGCUCUGCAAACAGCACUUUCGUGUUCUUCGCGACACUAUGCUGGGAGGUCCUUCCAGAUUUUCAGGGCCCUAAAGCAGCCUCUUACUGCAGCUUCACUUUCCGACGUCCUCUCCAGGCUUGUCGAGACUGUGGGGGACCCAGGGGAAGAAGCACAGGGCUUUGUGAUUGAGCUGCUCCUAACACUGGAAGCUGCCGUUGACACUCUGGCCGAGACCAUGAAGCAUUACGACCUUCUUUCCGCCCUUUCUCAAACCUCAUACCCCGAUCCGAUCCUGGGAAACAAGUAUGCAGCUAACAGGAAAAGCACUGGACAGCUCAGUCUAAGCACCAGCCCCCUCACCAGCAGCAGCUAUCUGGGGUACCACAGCAACGCCAGAAGUAACUCUCUGAGGCUCAGUCUGAUGGGUGACCGCAGGGGCGACCGCCGGCGGAGCAACACACUGGAUCUGACGGAUGGACGGAUAAACCACGGCGGGAGUCUGGCGAGGACUCGAAGCCUCUCCUCUCUCAGGGAGAAGGGGAUGUACGACGUGCAGUCCACUACUGAGCCCACCAGCCUGAUGGCCACCAUUUUUUGGAUAGCAGCGUCUUUAUUAGAAUCGGAUUAUGAAUAUGAAUACCUCCUGGCUCUCAGGCUUCUCAACAAACUGCUUACCCACCUGCCUCUGGAUAAAUCAGAGAGUCGAGAGAAGAUCGAAAACGUCCAGAGCAAACUCAAGUGGAACAACUUCCCCGGCCUUCAGCAGCUCUUCCUCAAGGGCUUCACGUCGGCGUCUACGCAGGACAUGACGGUGCACCUCCUCAGCAGGCUGGUCUCCGUCUCCAGACACGCCCUCGUGGACCCUUCCCGGCUGUCAGGCUUUCCUCUUAACAUCCUUUGCUUAUUGCCUCACUUAAUCCAACAUUUUGACAGCCCAACUCAGUUUUGCAAAGAAACAGCUAGUCGAAUAGCAAAGGUGUGCGCAGAGGAGAAGUGCGCGGCGCUGGCCAACCUGGCGCACAUGAUGAGCCUGUACAGCACGCACACGUACUCCCGCGACGGCCCCAGCUGGCUCAGGUACCUGCACGACUCCGCCGCAGACACCACGCUCAGCCUCGUCACCUACCUCGCAGAGCUGCUAGAGAAGGGGCUGUCCAGCAUGCACCAGUCGCUGCUGCAGAUCAUCCACAGCCUGCUGAGCCACGCCGACCUGUCUGCCGCCCCCGCCAAGCAGUUUAACCUGGAGAUCAUCAAGAUCAUUGGCAAGUACGUGCAGAGCCCGUACUGGAAGGAAGCCCUCAACAUCCUCAAGCUGGUGGUGUCUCGCUCGGCAAGCCUCGUGGUGCCCAGCGACAUCCCCAAGGUCUACGCAGUGGGGGAUAUGGGCUCUCCUGAGAUAUCCUUCACGAAGAUCUUUAAUCACGUCUCCAAGGAGUUGCCGGGGAAGACCUUAGAUUUUCAUUUCGAUAUCUCUGAGACGCCGAUUAUCGGGAACAAGUACGGCGAGCAGCACGCGGCAGCUGGGAGGAACGGGAAGCCGAACGUGAUCGCAGUCACGCGGAGUACGUCCUCGACCUCCUCGGGUUCCAACUCCAACGCCCUGGUCCCCGUCAGCUGGAAAAGGCCCCAGUUAUCACAGCGAAGAACGAGGGAGAAGCUCAUGAACGUGCUUUCCCUCUGCGGCCCCGAGUCCGGCCUCCCGAAGAACCCGUCGGUUGUAUUUUCUUCCAAUGAGGAUUUGGAAGUGGGUGACCAGCAGACCAGCCUGAUUUCUACCACCGAAGACAUCAUCCAGGAGGAAGAAGCCGCAGUGGAAGAUAACAGCAGUGAACAGCAGUUCGGGGUUUUCAAGGAUUUCGACUUUUUAGAUGUUGAAUUGGAAGAUGCAGAGGGAGAAAGCAUGGACAAUUUCAACUGGGGAGUCCGCCGGCGCUCUCUGGACAGCACGGACAAGGGGGACACGCCCUCCCUGCAGGGGUACCCGUGCUCCAGCAGCACCCCCAGCCUGAGCUUGACCAACCAGGAGGACACGGACGAGUCCUCCGAGGAGGAAGCGGCGCUCACGGCCAGCCAGAUCCUCUCCCGCACGCAGAUGCUGAACAGUGACCCCACUGCCGAGGAAGCGGUGCCUGAGCCGCCGGACUCGCUCCUUCAGUCUCAGGAUUCGAGCAGCAGCAACGUGACGGAAGACAUGCUGGCCGCCAGGGACGAGACCCCCAGUGUGGAGGCCCUAGAUAAUGCUAGCAGCCAGCUGCCUGAGGAUACAAGUUCAGUAUUAAAGGAGGAACAUGUUACAGCCUUUGAAGAUGAAGGGCCAUAUCUAAUUCAAGAACAGCAAGAUUCUCUUGUGUGUCAAAGAAUCCUUGAUUUAGAAGAAACUGAAAUGCCGGAGCCUCUAGCUCCUGAAAGCUACCCAGAGUCCAUCUGUGAGGAGGACGUCACCUUAGCUUUGAAAGAGCUGGACGAGAGGUGUGAAGAAGAAGAAGCAGAUUUCUCUGGACUGUCUAGUCAGGAUGAGGAAGAGCAAGAUGGUUUCUCAGAAGUGCAGACAUCACCUCCACCAUCACCAUUUCUCUCUGCCAUCAUAGCCGCCUUCCAGCCAGUGGCGUACGACGACGAGGAGGAGGCCUGGCGCUGCCACGUCAGCCAGAUGCUGUCCGACCGCGACGGCUCCUGCGCGGUGUUCACUUUCCACGUGUUCUCUAGGCUCUUCCAGACAAUUCAAAGACGAUUCGGAGAGAUAACCAAUGAGGCAGUUGGCUUUCUCGGGGAGAGUCUGCAGCGCAUCGGCGCCAAAUUUAAAAGCUCGCUGGAGGUGAUGAUGACGUGUUCGGAAUGCCCGACGGUCUUCGUGGAUGCCGAGACACUGAUGUCCUGUGGUUUGCUAGAAACACUCAAGUUCAGCGUGCUGGAGCUGCAGGAGCACCUGGACACAUACAAUGCCAAAAGGGAAGCAGCCGAGCAGUGGUUAGACAGCUGUCAGAGGACGUUCGGCCCCAAGGACGACACGUGCAGGAUAAACACCGAUGCACAGCAAAUGGAAAUUCUAGCAGAACUGGAGCUGUGCCGGAGGUUGUACAAAUUGCAUUUUCAGUUGCUGCUUUUGUUCCAGGCCUACUGCAAACUCAUCGGCCAAGUAAAUACAAUAAAAAACGAAGCGGAGGUCAUCAACAUGUCAGAGGGCCUCGCCCAGCUGGAAAGGAUCCUCAAGGAAGCAGAGUCUGCCUCCGAAAAUGAAGAAAUUGACAUUUCCAAAGCUGCACAGGCUACUAUAGAAACUGCCAUUCAUUCUUUAAUCGAAACUUUGAAAAAUAAGGAAUUCGUAUCGGCUGUCGCACAAGUCAAAGCUUUCAGAACCCUCUGGCCCCACGAUAUCUUCGGCAGCUGUGAAGACGACGCCGUGCAGACGCUGUUACACAUUUACUUCCAUCACCAGACCCUGGGCCAGACCGGAAGUUUCGCGGUCAUAGGCUCCAACCUGGACAUGUCAGAAGCGAACUACAAACUGAUGGAACUCAACCUAGAAAUGCGAGAGUCCCUGCGGAUGGUGCAGUCCUACCAGCUGCUCACGCAGGCCAAGCCUGUGGGGAACAUGGUCAGCACUGGGUUCUGAGAACUUCCGGCACUUGGGGAGGAAACGAAGCAAGCUAGUUGAGAACAUUAGCCAAGCACCUUUUAUGAACCCUGCAGUUCGCUGUUCUGGCAGCGUCUGCAGUUACAAUGCCACUGAGGUCGAACUGUCGAAGACCGAUCCGCAGAGGAGAGCUCAGCUGUCGGACACCCCCCAUAACUGUACGGAGAAGGAAUUUUCAAAUCGCCGAACACGCAUGAAAUGAAAAGGGCUAAAGUGAUGCAUCCGCACGUGCUACUUCCUGAAGAAGGGGCAGUCCCGGCACGUCCGCCGCAGCGGCCUCUGACACGGAGGCGCCAGGAAGCAGGUGGAAUGAGGCUGAAACGCGCUGGCUCAUUUUAGCGGAGAACCUGCAGCGCCGCCCGGGUCUCCAGCAGGUUCGAACGGAACCUGCAGGGGAUGCUCAGCGGCGUGAGCGGCAGCCACGCAGACACACAAGACUCACCUGCAAAACCAUUGCUUUUUUUUUUUUUCCACUCUGUGGGAUAAGGAUUUGGGGUGUUUUCUGUUUUGGGGGGGGUCUAUAUAAGGAAUGAUGUGUGCGUGAGUUGGGACGUGUGGCUACGUGGUAGUGACAUUUUCAAGGUAUGGCUGUCCGGUGACGACGUCUCAGAGCGUGCUACGAGAGCACUGCAAGAUUAUUUUUGAAGAAAUUUUAUUUUAUUAGAGCUAACUCUUCAUAGUGUGUAAAUGUUAGAACAUUUUAAUAAUAUUUUAAAACUGGGCUUUCCCAGGGUUUGAGAAAGAAAUAAUAUAUCUGUUAACGCUAUUGGAGCGCUGCUCGCCGGGCAGGGCUCGGGCGGCGAUGGUUGAUCACUCGCCAAAGCAGACGCCUGCGGAGACUUUGGGACGGAAGGGCGGGUGCGCUCCCCAGCAGCCGUUCUCGUGAGAGAAGCUAACUUAUUUUACUCCGUAAUUAUCAUAGACCCUGUAUAGACUAAAACCAGUAUUUUCUUGUACUUCUGUGCCAUGCACUGUUAUACAAGAAGAGGUCUACAAAGCUAGAGAGAAGGCCGUGGUCACUGAGGGCGGCUGUAUGACCCGCAGGCUCCGAGGUCCGUAGGAUCCGAGAAGAGAGGUGUGGACGCGUGUUUGUACAUGCGUUCAGGACUCGCGUGUUUCACCCUACGUGACCUGGGGCUACGGGGAAAAUGCAAGGAAGCCUGAAGACCGACUACCAAAACACGCAAUAUAUUACUCACUAAGUCUGCAGCAUAACACGAACUGGAUUCUCUGUCCUUUUUAAACUAGCAUUUUGUAAACGAAAUGAAUGUAGUCCCACAAUUCCUCUGAUUCGAAAGGAACACCUUGUAUUUUUUUAUAUGCAUCUCUUAUCCACUGUGACUUUCCUUUUCCACUGGGCUCUGUGAUUCCAGAGUUUAGAAUGUAGAGCUGAAAUGAUUAGCUUUGCCUUUCCUUGGGGGUGUGGACCCUGGCAGAGAGGUAAUUAUGCCCAAGUGCAUUAACUGAAGGCGGGGCCGGCCGAGCUCGAGGUUCCCGUAGAAGUCCGUAACUGCUGACGGCACGCAUAAUCACUGUAUUUUUUUGACCCUGAUAAAAACAAUUAUUUUGCCGGUGUUCUGGUACUGUAAA